AUGGCGGGGUCAUGCUCGCGGUCGGGGACCCUGGAAUGUGCCGGCAGCUGCUGGCAAGACCCACUGGCCGAGGCACUAAGCCAGGGCCCGCUGCCUGCAGCGCCACCCGGCCGGGGAUGCACUUGGAGCCGGCCACUCAGCGUGGUCUACGUGCUGACCCGAGAACCGCAGCCCGGGGCGGAGACGGGAGCGGGAGCCGAGGCGGAACCGCUGCCCCUGCGCUGUCUACGCGAGGCCUGCUCGCAGCUCCAGGGGCGACGGCCCUCGCCGCAGCUGCGCAGCCUGCCCUUCGGAACACUGGCGCUGGGUGAUACCACCGCUCUCGACUCCUUCUACAACGCUGAUGUGGUGGUACUGGAGGUGAGCAGCUCGUUGGCACAGCCCUCCCUCUUCUACCACCUUGGUGUGCGGGAGAGCUUCAGCAUGACCAACAACGUGCUCCUCUGCUCGCAGGCUGACCUCCCUGACCUGCAGGCCCUGCGGGAGGAUGUUUUCCAGAAGAACUCAGAUUGUGUUGGCAGCUACACACUGAUCCCUUAUAUGGUGACAGCCACCAAUCGGGUGCUGUGUGGUGAUGCAAGUGUUCUGAGGGGCCUGGCUGAUGGGCUGGUGCAGGCUGGGGUGGGCACUGAGGCCCUGUUAACACCACUGGUGGGGCGGCUGGCCCGCCUGUUGGAGGCCACACCCACAGACUCUUGUGGCUAUUUCCGGGAGACCAUUCGGCAGGACAUCCGGCGGGCACGGGAACGUUUCAGUGGACAGCAGCUUCGGCAGGAGCUGGCUCGCCUGCAGCGGAGACUGGACAGCGUGGAGCUGCUGAGUCCCGACAUCGUCAUGAAUCUGCUACUUUCCUAUCGUGAUGUGCAGGACUACUCAGCUAUCAUUGAGCUGGUGGAGACGUUGCAGGCUUUGCCCACCAGUGAUGUGGCCGAGCAGUACAAUGUCUGCUUCCACUACACAUUUGCUCUCAACAGGAGGAAUAGGCCUGGGGACCGUGAGAAGGCGUUGGCUGUGCUGCUGCCCCUGGUCCAGUUUCAGGGCUCUGUACCACCUGACCUGUACUGCAUGUGUGGCCGUGUCUACAAAGAUAUGUUCUUUAGCUCUGGCUUCCAGGAUUCUGGGCACCGGGAGCAAGCCUAUCACUGGUAUCGAAAGGCCUUUGAGGUGGAGCCCAGUCUCCACUCAGGCAUCAAUGCAGCUGUGCUCCUCAUUGCUGCUGGCCAGUGCUUCGAGGACUCUGAGGAACUCUGGCUCAUAGGCAUGAAGCUGGGCUGCUUGCUGGCCUGCAAAGGUUGCGUGGAGAAGAUGCAGUAUUAUUGGGAUGUAGGCUUCUACCUGGGCGCCCAGAUUCUCGCCAAUGACCCCUCCCAGGUGGCGCUGGCUGCAGAGCAGCUGUAUAAGCUCAACGCCCCCAUCUGGUACCUGGUAUCAGUGAUGGAAACCUUUCUACUAUACCAGCACUUUAGACCUACCUCAGAGCCCACUGGAGGGCCCCCACACCGCGCUCACUUCUGGCUCCACUUCUUGCUACAGUCCUGUCAGUCAUUCAAGCCUACCUCUUCACAAGGGCACCAGUGCUUGGUGCUGAUCCUGGAGCUGAACAAAGUACUGCUGCCUGCCAAGCUCCAGGUUUGUGGUACUGACCCAGUGAGCGCUGUGACUCUCAACCUGUUGGAGCCAGAGACCCAGGACAUGCCCUCCAGCUGGACCUUCCCAGUCGCCUCUGUCUGUGGCGUCAGCACCUCCAAGCUUGAUGAGCGCUGCUGCUUCGUCUAUGCACUUCCCCCAGCUCAGGACAUCCAGCUGUGCUUCCCCAGUGUAGCGCACUGCCAGUGGUUCUGCGCCCUGAUCCAGACCUCAGUGACAAAUCCAGAUUCCACAGCACCUGCCGAAGAGACAGAGGGUGUGGGGGAGGUGCUGGAGUUUGACUAUGAGUACUCAGAGACCGGGGAACGGCUGGUUCUGGGCAAGGGCACAUAUGGGGUGGUGUACGCAGGCCGUGAUCGUCACACGAAAGUACGCAUCGCUAUCAAGGAGAUUUCUCUCCUUAUCUCCAGGUUCUCUCAGCCCCUGCAUGAAGAGAUUGCUCUGCAUAAACACCUACGACACAAGAACAUCGUGCGCUAUCUAGGUUCAGCCAGCCAGGGUGGCUACCUCAAGAUCUUCAUGGAGGAAGUGCCUGGAGGUAGCCUGUCUUCCUUGCUGAGGUCAGUGUGGGGACCCUUGAAGGACAACGAGAGCACCAUUAGUUUCUAUACCCGACAGAUCUUGCAGGGACUCAGCUACCUACAUGACAACCACAUUGUACACCGGGAUAUCAAGGGAGACAAUGUGCUGAUCAACACCUUUAGUGGGUUACUCAAGAUUUCUGACUUUGGCACCUCCAAGAGGCUGGCGGGGAUCACACCCUGUACUGAGACCUUUACAGGAACCUUGCAGUAUAUGGCCCCUGAGAUCAUUGACCAAGGCCCACGAGGGUAUGGGAAGGCAGCUGACAUCUGGUCAUUGGGCUGCACUGUAAUUGAGAUGGCCACAGGUCACCCACCCUUUCAUGAGCUAGGGAGCCCACAAGCUGCCAUGUUUCAGGUUGGCAUGUAUAAGGUACAUCCGCCAAUGCCCAGUUCUCUGUCGGCUGAGGCCCAAGCCUUCCUCCUCAGAACUUUUGAGCCAGACCCCUGCCUUCGAGCCAAUGCCCAGGCUCUGCUGGAGGACGCUUUCCUGAAGCCUGGGAAGAGGAGCCGCAGCCCAGGCUCCCCGCGCCAUGCUCAACGAAGACCCUCAGAUGUUCCAUCCGCCAGUCCCACUCCCUCAGCUGACUCGACCACCCAUUCCCAGACAUUCCCAUGCCCUCAGGCACCCUCUCAGCACCUGCCCAGCCCCCCAAAACGCUGCCUCAGUUAUGGGGGCACCAGCCAACUCCGGGUGCCUGAGGAGCCAGGGGCCGAGGAACCCACGUCCCCUGAGGAGAGUUCAGGGCUGAGCCUGCUGCACCAGGAGAGCAAGCGUCGGGCCAUGCUGUCCUCAGUUCUUGAGCAAGAGCUGUCUGCGCUGGCGGACGGUCUGUGCCAGGAGCAAGAACAGGGUCCUCAGCUUGGCAGGAAUCAGGUGGAACAGCUACUGCGCUGCCUUGGGGCACAUAUCCACACUCCCAACCGCCGGCUGCUGGCCCAGGACCUGCGGACGCUACAAGAGCAACUAUGGGCCCAGGGCCUUGAACCUAUGCUUCUUCAAGGACCACUCUUUGCCUUCCCGGAUGCGGUGAAGAAGAUCCUCCGCAGGCGCCAGAUCCGCCCACACUGGAUGUUCGUGCUAGAUUCACUACUUAGCCGUGCUGUUCGGGCUGCCUUGGCUGUGCUAGGCCCGGAGGUGGAGGAGGCUGUAUCCCCACUGUUAGAGGAGCCAAGUAAAGAAAAGAGGUCCCAGGGGAAGGAACAGGAGACCCUUGUUCAGCAGAGCCCACUCCCAAAGGAGCCUGAGCUGGGACCACCGCCUCUGAUGGUGCAGCUGGGCCUCUUGCGAGCAGAGACUAAUAGGCUUCGAACUGUCUUGGCGGAGAAGGAAGGCGAGUGCCACGUCCUGAUGCAACAGGCUCUACAGCAGGUGAAUGGGGAGGCCAUGACCAGUGCUCUGGCCUCUGAGUCCCCAGCUGCAUUCCCAGGCGACCAGGGUCUGGUGAAGUGGCUGCAAGAGCUGAGUGUGGAUUCUGGCACCAUCCAGAAGCUGCUGACCCACAGCUUUACCCUUCAUGCCCUGCUCACCUGUGCCACUCGAGACGACCUCAUCUACACCGGCAUCAGGGGUGGAAUGGUGUGCCGCAUCUGGAGAGCCAUCUUGGAGCAGCGAGCAGGAGCCAGGCCAGGCACCCCUAGCUUCCAGGAGACUGAAUGA